AUGAAAUCCUCGGCCGCGCUGUUGCAGCAGCUGCUGUUCGCUGCUUCUGGUGUCCUUGGAGCCAUCACGGUCGACAUCAAUGACGCAGAAUCUGUGAAAGCAGCCGCCGCAUUGGUGGCCGACGACCUAUUGACAUUCUACCACGGAGAUGAGACAGGCGAGACUCCAGGAAUUUUCGAUGAUGAAGAUUAUUAUUGGUGGAGUGGCUCGGUGCUUUGGGGCUCCUUGCUGGACUUGAGAGCACGCACAGGCAACAUGUCCUACGACGAUGUCAUCUUCCAGGGUCUGCAGUGGCAGACUGGAACAGGUUACGACUAUCUUCCCGCGAACUGGUCAGCCUCCGAAGGCAACGAUGACCAGAGCUUUUGGGCCCAGGCUGCACUCCUAGCUGCGCAGACGAACUUUACUGAAGCAGCUGAUGCAGAGGCCCAGUGGCCAAUUCUUGCUCAAAAUGUGUUUACUGAACAGUCGUUCACCGAGAGGCGUGUCAGCGACGAUAAUACUGCUUGCGACGGAGCUCUGAGGUGGCAAAUCUUCACCUUCAAUAGCGGAUAUGACUAUGUCAAUAGCAUCGCAAACGGGCUCUACUUUAGCACCGGAGCACAGCUCGCUUGGCUCAACGACAACAAGACCGCAAGUGAUGAGGCGAUCAAAACCUAUGAUUUGCUGACAGAUAUCGGCCUCGUCACCGAUGAUUUCGACGUUUAUGACGGUGUGCAGGUUACCGGCUGUGACUCUGUCAACAAGGUUCAAUUCUCUUAUGCUGCAGCUACCCUGCUACAAGGUGCCGCCUACACAUACAACUACACUGGCGACGAAACCUGGAAGAAUCGUAUUGAUGGUUACCUCGACAAUAUUCUCGAGACCUUUUUCCAGGAUGGCGUGGCUAUUGAGCCGGCCUGCGAGAGUUCCGAAUCAUGCAAUACCGACAUGUACUUCUUCAAGGGUAUCCUUCACCGAUCCCUCGCCUGGACUAUGAAGAUGGCCCCAUACACUGCAGACACCAUUCUCCCUGUGCUAAAGACCAGUGCCGCUGCCGCUGUUUCGACUUGUACCGGCGGCGACAAUGGACGAAUGUGCGGCUUCACCUGGAGCAACGGCACUUUCGACAUCUCCAACGCCGGUGCACAGUCUAGUGUUCUUGGAGCCCUGGUCAGUGUCUUGGAGUUCACCAACGUCGCAAGCACUGGCAGCUCCGCUUCUGGAUCUGGCUCAUCAGGCAGUGGAAGCAGCAGCACUGGCAGCAGCUCCAGCAAUACGACCAACACUGACGACAAGAGCAUGGGAACCAACUUUGGCAUCAGCUUCUCUGCCAUUGUUGGAGGGUUGACCAUUGCUGCUCUGUUUGCUUAG